AUGGGCUCCAAAAGCGUCACCAAUGUCGUCACUCAGAAUUCAAUCGCCCUCAAUGCCUACAUCUACGGCUAUGCCGGCCACUCGCUGGUCACUCCCCACGCCCCUCUUCAGCAACUGUGGUGGACCCAGGAGCGUAUUGAUGCCAAAGUGACGGCCGACUUCGUCGCCUCUCGCCUGCGCAAGGAGGAGCGGGACAUGCUCAACCAACCGCUGGCUUUCGGCGAUGGUCUCACCGACGACACGUAUCUGGAAUGGAUCAUGGAGCGUGCCAGGCGGUUGUUUUUGAUCUUGUGCGAAGUUGGCGUCCCCGACCAGAUCUUCGGAGUAAUCGACGACUCAUGGGACGACGAGGAUCUACCUAUUUCCUUGGAGAACGUCGAACGCCUCGCUCUUUCUCGCAAGAAAGACGACCAGCUCAACCGGAGAUUUUAUCAGACCCAGUUCACUUUCUUGCUGCGCGUGCUUGACCGCCGCACUCACGUAGACUAUGGUCCCAACGAAGUCAUCCCCAUCGAGCACGUCUACAAGCUGCCCCCCGCCGCCGUCCUACAGCACUGGCCACGAAUCCACUUUCCUCAAAAACCUGAGAAGGUCUUCGUUCGGAGGCGCAUCUCAUUCGGCGAGGACGGUGAGCCCGAGAAGGACGACUUUCUAAAGGACGUAGCCGCCGCCCAAGAAAUCGACCAUCCGCAUAUUGCUCCCGUGUGGGCUUCCUACACCGCCAAGGGGCAUGGCUUUGUUGUCUCUUCCUUCGUCGGACAACACACUCUCAAGACUUUCAUCGAUCACAGAACACCGCCCCAAUACAUGAGGUUGCCUCUUUCCGAACGCCGCACUCUUCUCCUCAAUUGGAUGCACUGUCUGGCCGACGCUGUUGCUACAAUGCAUGGCCACGACAUGACUCACGGUGCCAUCCUGCCCUCGAACAUUUUGGUCGAUGAGCGGAAUGACAUUGCCUUUAGUGACAUCGGCUCAUUGUCGUCACUGCAGCGCGACAAAAAGAUAACCCCGGAAGAGUUCUACAACUAUGCAGCACCCGAAGCCCAUGAACAGAGUUUGGCAAAUCUUCUUGCUCCCGUCUCCAGCCCGACCAAGAGCAAAUCUCGUAGAGCCUCCAUGGAUAGCAAUGCCUCGUCUCAUGGAUCUCAAGCCAGCACCAAAACAGCGAGAAGGUUGAACCAUUUUGCCAACGCCAGUCUAUCUGCUUUCGAUUUUGGCUUUGCUAAAACACCCUCGAAACCGAAUGCCGCACUUGCUUCCAGCCAUGUCGCAGACAUAUUCUCCCUUGGCUGUGUCUUCCUGGAUAUCUUGACUUUCAUGAUCAAGAAGAAACCAUCCGAUUUCGUCAAGCACAGGACCACGAAGCACAAAACGUCUGGAAAGAGCGGCUCGCGCAGUGAUUCAUCCUUCCACAGCAACAUUGACAAACUUCAUACCUGGAUGGAGCACCUGGAGGCCGCCGCCAUGGAGCACGAAGAGAUACACUUCCGGGCCGUGAGACCGUUGGUCCGUCUCAUCAAAGACAUGGUCCAGCCCGUCCCUGAAGCCCGCCCGUCAGCUUUCAGUGUUGCAGGUCGCCUUCGUGAUGUCUUGGCCGAUCAUGCUGCCAUGGUAAACCUGCACUGCGAACCUCAUGAGCUGGCAGUGGGACGCCUCCACAAAGGACCCAUGUCUCCCCGCUCAGAUCUGCACGCUAUUCCUGAAAAUAGCAUCGAUGAUGACGAGUCGGUGGCUGCAGAUGACACCUGCACCGUCGCUGAUGCGGCCACCCUACGUUAUUCCGUCGCAGAUUCCAUGAUCAGCGAUACGACCGCCGUCGGUUCGAUGCGCGCCUUGAGCAUCAGAAAAAAGUCUAUCACAUCUGUCAUUCACGAGAUGCCCAUGCCAUGGGUCAGGAAAAACUCCCGGGAUAUGACGACGUGA